AUGACGACGGAAAGGGCGCUCGACGUUGACGUCGAGCCACUAUCUCCCCAAGAACUCACCAAGCUCGCCACCCUGGCCAUCGAGGCCAAAGCAAGCGCAUACUGUCCCUACUCCAACUUCCGCGUGGGUGCAUGCGUUCUCCUGUCCACCGGCACAUACCACACCGGCUCGAACGUUGAAGUGGCCAGUACGCCCGUGGGCAUCUGCGCGGAACGCUGCGCCAUUGCACCCAUCGUGGCGUCGAUGAAAAGACCCGCAAUGCCCACGCUCCGCGCCAUCGCCGUGAGCACCGACAUCAACCCACCUGCGAGUCCGUGUGGCAUGUGCAGACAGUUCAUCAACGAGUUUGCCACCACCAAGCACCUCCCUAUCUACAUGUACGGCAAGGAUGGGCUGCAGGGGGAGGUGGUCAAGAUGACGAUCGGGGAGCUGCUCCCUAUGAGUUUUGGGCCGAACGAUAUGGAUAGAAACCGGUGA